AUGUGGUUCCUUGUGCUCCUCUGUGCUGCCUCUGCCCUCUGCCAGGGUGUCACCAGGCUGCCCUUGGAAAGGGGGAAGAAGCUGAGAGAUGUCCUCAGGGAGAAGGAUUUGCUGCACCAGUUCUUCCAGCAUCACCACUACGACAUCGGCACCAAAUUCCCACACGCUUUUCCCAACGGAACCGGGCUGGCAACUGAGCCCCUGCUGAAUGCCCUCGACGUGGAAUACUAUGGGACCAUCUCCAUCGGCACCCCCCCGCAGGAAUUCAGCGUGGUCUUCGACACCGGCUCCUCCGACCUCUGGGUCCCCUCCGUGUCCUGCCCCAGCCUGGCUUGCCAAACCCACCGGGUGUUUGACCCCUCUCAGUCCUCCACCUACAAGAGCACAGGGCUGAGCCUGUCCAUCCACUACGGCACGGGCGAGAUGGAGGGCAUCGUGGGCUCCGACACCGUCACCGUGGCCUCUCUGGUGGACACCAACCAGCUCUUCGGCCUGAGCACCGCCGAGCCCGGCCAGUUCUUCGUCGACGUCCAAUUCGAUGGCAUCCUGGGCCUGGGAUACCCAAACCUGGCUGCUGAUGGCAUCACGCCUGUCUUUGACAACCUGGUGAACCAGAGCUUGCUGCAGGAGAACCUCUUCUCUGUCUACCUGGCCCGGGAGGCAGCAGGGAGUGUGGUCAUCUUCGGGGGCAUCGAUGAGUCCUAUUUCACUGGCCCCAUCCACUGGAUCCCUGUAUCUUACCAGGGCUACUGGCAGAUCUCCAUGGACAGCAUCAUUGUGAACAGCCAGGAGGUCGCAUGCGCUGGCGGCUGCCAGGCCAUCAUCGACACCGGCACUUCCCUCCUGGCCGGGCCACCCUCGGGCACCAGGAGCAUCCAGAGCGCAGUUGGGGCCAGGCAGGGCGAGUAUGGAGAGCACAGUGUGAACUGCAGCUCCAUCCCUGCCAUGCCCGAUGUCAUCUUUGUCAUCGACGGGGUCCAGUACCCCGUGUCUGCCUCGGCCUACACCGAGCAGCAUAACCAAGAAUCGUGCAUGAGCAGCUUCCAGGACACCUCUGGGGACCUCUGGAUCUUGGGAGACGUCUUCAUCAGGGUGUACUACAGCAUCUUUGACCGGGCCAACAACCGCGUUGGGCUGGCCAAGGCUGUUUAG